UCACAUGUGAUUCAGUUUGAUCCAAUCAGGACAAAAGUGGGGCUUCAUAAGGCCCUUGACUUCUGCCAGCCUGACCAGCAGCAUGAAGUCACUCGUCCUGCUUCUCCUGUGGGCAUGGAGCAGCUCUGCACUGCUCAGGGUUCCUCUCAGGAGGGGACCCUCCAUCCGCUCUCGACUGCGGGCUGAUGGACUGCUUGAAGAAUUCCUGAAGGAACACCGACCUGACACUUUCAAAAAGCGGUACUCACAGUGCUUCCCGCCAGGGACUCCAUCUCUGAGAAUAGGUCAGACAAGCGAGAAGAUUUACAACUUCAUGGAUGCCCAGUAUUAUGGCGAGAUCAGCCUGGGGACACCAGCACAGAACUUCUCGGUGGUGUUUGACACUGGGUCAUCGGACCUCUGGGUGCCUUCAUCCUACUGUGUCACGCAGGCCUGCGCGUUGCACAGGAGGUUCAGGGCGUUCGCGUCCACUUCAUUUCGGCACGAUGGUCGGAUUUUUGGGAUCCACUAUGGCUCAGGACACCUGCUGGGAGUGAUGGGCAGAGACAUUCUCAAGGUGGGUGGAUUGACUGCCCUAAAUCAGGAAUUUGGGGAGUCAGUGUAUGAACCAGGCGCUGCAUUCGUGAUGGCGAGGUUCGACGGGGUUCUGGGACUGGGGUACCCUGCUCUGGCUGAGAUCCUGGGAAACCCUGUAUUUGACAACAUGGUCGCUCAGAAGGCGGUGGAGAAAUCUGUCUUCUCCUUCUACCUCAGCAGGAAGUCAAUCGAUGGAACUCCAGAGGGAGAGCUCCUGCUGGGUGGAACAGAUGAAGCUUUGUACACCGGACCAGUCAACUGGAUCCCAGUCACUACCAAAGCUUACUGGCAGAUCAAGUUGGACAGUGUGGCCGUGCAGGGAGUGAAUUCGUUCUGUCCCCACACCUGCCAGGCCAUUGUUGAUACUGGGACCUCCCUCAUCACGGGGCCAACCAACGACAUCCUCGUGCUUCAGCAACUGAUCGGAGCAACACCAACCAACAUCGGCGAGUAUCUGAUUGACUGCGCCAGGUUGUCCAGUCUGCCUCACGUGACAUUUGUCCUGGGACAUGUUGAGUACACGUUGACGGCGAAACAGUACGUCAGAAAGGAGAUGCUGGGCGACAGGGAGUUGUGUUUCAGUGGCUUCCAGGCCGUGGACAUCAUCUCCCCCGAUGGCCCGCUGUGGAUUCUGGGUGACAUAUUCUUGACAGAGUACUACAGCAUCUUCGACAGGGGACGGAACCAGAUAGGUUUUGCUGAUGCUGUACACCCAGUAACUCAUCAUUAACUACAGGAUGGCCAAUAAAUAUAUGCACCGUUACCCGUCAACACGAUUGCUAUUUGUACUCACUGCAGAAAAACAAAUAAAUAAAGGACGCUUCAUAUAUCUCAGACUAAUGUGGACUUUGAUUUAAUAGCAGAGAAGAAACAGCUAUAUUAAAUGUAUGUAUUUACAAAUUAUGUUUUUGGUAAUGCUCCUAGUAAA